AUGCCAUUAAAGGCUGUUAAAGGACAAGUGGUACAAGAUUUUAUAGUCAACCACUCCAUAGAUUUGAAUGCACUGGACUAUCUUGAGUUAGAACCCUGUAAGUUAUAUUUUGAAGGGUCUACUCACAAGGAUGGAACAGGCAUAGGAGUGCUAAUUAUUUCUCGUAAUAAAAUUCCAACAAGACUUAAGUACAAAGUAGAGGGUCUCUGCUCGAACAAGGAGGCCGAAUAUGAAGCCCUCAUAGCCGAACUUGAAAUAUUGUUGGAAUUGAGGGCAACUCGAGUCGAAAUAAUGGGUGACUCAGAGCUAGUCAUAAAACAGAUCACAAAAGAAUACAGAUGUAUUAAGAAGAAUUUAAUUAUGUACUUCAUAAUAGCCAGUCGAUUGCUAAAAAGAUUCGAGAUGGCUAAUAUUCAACAUAUACCUCGAUUGGAAAAUCAAGUUGCUAAUGAUUUGGCUCAAAUUACAUUUGGGUAUAAAAUUUCAAAAGAAAAAUUGCAAAAAGUCAUCGAAGUCAGAGGAAGAGUUGUGUCAACCAGAUUAACCCCUUCAUACUUAGAAAAGACAAAGCUUUGA